GCCUUUCGGCGAGUUCUAGUGAAAUUUCUUGUGGUCUUCCACUUUUCUGCGAGUUUGUUUGGAUGACAGAAGAGACUUGUGGUGCUGAUCUAUGGAACAGAGUAUUUAAAAAUUAUUAUUAUUAUGAAGGAAGUUCAUUGUCUUUAGGGUUUUCAGUGAUUCCUGGUGAAAUUUCUUGUGGUCUCCCCUGGUCUUCUGGCUUUCUGGCAAUUUUAAUUGUUUUUUUUCCUGUUCUUCUGGAUUUUACUAAUCUUCAUCAUCUUCAGGUCUUUCGACGAUUUCUGGUGAAAUUUCUUGUGGUCUCCCCUGGUCUUCCGGCUUUUUGGUAA